GUUCGAGUGAAGAUAGAUCGUUUUAAAAAGUCGUUUUUAUGGUUUGAUUUCGAGAAAAACUAAUAAAUCUUCGCAAUUCUUAUUCUUUUCGAGAACUUAAAGAAAAAUCUUAACUGUUUUUUUUCUUCCUGAAAAUGGAUCCUGUAGAAACGAGAUCACCUUUACAAACGCAAGACCAAAAUGUCAUGGCCAAGCGUCUACCCCAACCGAGUAAACUGCGCCCCCCAUCUGCUGUAAAGAGACCAUGCGUCAAAGACUCGAUGGAUGAGCCAAAGCUUAAGGCACCAAAAUGUGACCUAGCUAUCCCAAAAUCCAGUGCAGGAUCAUCAGCAAAACCUCAGUUGCCCACUGCUCUUCGUAGACAAACAUCUUCAGCUGUUGUUCGUAGAACCACCACUACCAAAAACAACAUGCCUCCUCCUAGCACAGUAAAGCCUGUUGGGAGCACUCUAAGAAGACAGACUUCAGCCAAUUCACUCAAAAAAGGGACUGCGUCAUCAAAUACAAAGACUGCUGGCAAGGCAACAAGCUCUAAGUUGAGUAAUGGGGAGGCUAAACAGCUGCCAAAAGUCCCAGGACAAGGCAAAAAGAGAUCCACGUGGGAUUACAAAGGACGGCUUGAAGACAUGGAGAAUUAUUUGUCCAAUACAAAAUAUUUGAUGGACGACAUGAAUAAAUCAAUGAACCACAACAGAGAACGAAUUGAAUACCUUGAAUCAGUAAAGAAAGAACUUGAAGGAACCAUUGAAGUCAAACAUCAGCAAAGUGAACAGGCGUCGGCCAGAAUCCAAGACUUACAGGCACACAUACUCAUUACUGAAGAAGAACUCAAUUCCUUGAAGUUGAGGCAUGAGUUUGAGAUUGAGGUCAAAGAGAAUAAAAUCAAAUCACUGGUUAAAGAGAAAGAAACCCUGGAGAGAGACCUGAAGGUUUCAGAGAAUGAAGUUAUGGCAUUAAAAACUGCGAUUGCGCAGAUAACUGCACAGACAUCUGGUUUAAACGCUGAACUUGAGGCGACAAAGAUUAAUCUCCAAUCGAACAUCGAACUAAAUCGAUGUAAGGACGAGAGAAUAGCCAAGUUACUAAAAGAGAUCGAAGAACAACAACAUCUCAUAGAUGAGAAAGAUUCCAAACUGCGAGACGAAGAAACAAUUCGUAGGAAGCUCCACAACGCAAUCCAAGAGUUAAAAGGCAAUAUACGAGUCUUUUGUCGCGUCCGUCCCGCACUGGAAGCCGAAAAAAAUCUUCCUCUGGCAAACUUCACUUUCACGGAUGAAGAUAGGGGCAUAAUCGUAGAACAGUCCAUUGCGUCCGAAGACGUCGCUGGAAACAAAAAAGCUGCAUCUCGCUACGAGUUUUCGUUCGAUAAAAUUUUCGACAAGGGCUCUGAACAAAACGACGUCUUCCAGRAGAUUUCCCAGUUAGUACAAUCAGCUCUGGAUGGGUAUAAUGUCUGUAUAUUCGCGUACGGCCAAACUGGUAGCGGAAAGACCUUCACCAUGGAAGGUAACCAUGGUAAUCAUGAUCAACGUGGAAUGAUCCCCAGAUCCAUGGAACAGGUGUUUGAAACAGCAGCUAGGCUUCAGGAGAAAGGAUGGAAGUACACAAUGGAAGCUAGUUUUCUCGAGAUUUACAACGAGACGAUUAGAGAUCUCCUUGGUUCGGGUGAUGAAAGUGUGAAACACGACAUCAAGAUCGUUAAUAAUGGUAAAUCAAAUACCGAACCCACUGAAGUGAUGGUCACUAACUUGAAAUCUUUCGAAGUAACAGCAGUAACACAGGUGUCAGACUUACUGCAAAAAGCCACCCAAAACCGCGCUGUAGCUGCAACCAAAUGCAAUGAAAGAUCGAGCCGUAGUCAUAGCGUGUUCAUUUUAAAACUUACGGGCGAGAAUAGCCUUACAGGAGAAAAGUGCCAAGGCACUCUAAACUUGAUAGAUCUAGCUGGUUCCGAGCGUUUGAGCCAGUCUUGUUCAAAGGGUGAGAGGCUCAGAGAAACUAAGAACAUCAACAGUAGUUUGAGCAAUCUCAGUAACGUUAUAAUGGCUCUUGCCAAUAAGGAUUCAUUCGUCCCUUAUAGAAACAGUAAAUUGACAUAUCUUCUAAAAAACUCUCUCGGCGGAAACAGCAAAAGCCUGAUGUUUGUGAAUGUUUCUCCACGAGAAGAAUCCUUCCAAGAGACGCUCUGCUCGCUGAGGUUUGCAACGAAGGUUAAUCAAUGUAAUAUUGGGACCGCUCAAAAGAAAGUCGUAAAAUAAGAUAAUUACUUCCAAGAUUUUCCUUCUCUACGUUGUCAGCCUCAGACUCCUGUUAUUCUUUAUGUGCAUGGCAUUUCGUCGCGCAUGCGCAGAAAGAAUGACAGGCUCCUGGAGUCGAGAGUGACCUCACAAUGUAUAUAAUAGUAACGCCCUGAAACACCCUCGGUUUCGUUAUGUUAUCGAGGAGGCCUGGGUACGAAAUUGUUCAAGGAAGUAAAUUUUGACGUAAUUAUUGUAGAUAAUGGUGAUUGCAUUGAGAAGAAAUCGUCUCGAGAGAGCGUCCACUUUGAUAAACCUCUAUAUCCGUAGGCAACGCUCUUGAUAUGGGUAGCCAAUCAUAAUGUAAAAAGGACAUUUAAAGCGUGCAGUCACAUGCCAAGUACUUCUUUUUAACUGCCAGGACUGUGCUGAUGAAGCCCAGAUUUGUGUGAAUGCAAUUUUUAAUUUAAAAUAAACAAUAAUUAGAUUACUCACCUGACCUAUACAACUAUAUAACCCUGUAUAAGGCGGACGUAAAAGAUCCACUGAAGACGCUGGUGACGACCAUCUUCAGUGCCCGUGCUAUACAGGACCCACUGUAACUGGCUAUACUGUUGUGGUGUUCUACCCUCAUGGGAAAAAUAUCAUAAAUCAUAAAUCAGCUAGUUAUAAUUCAAGAAGUCUGGCUUAUUGGCUUCCGUCAAUCAGAUUUCCAACGGUCUGAAUUAUAAAUUUUUUGAUUGCAAAACGAAAAGAAAAAAUGAAAGGAGACGGUCCAAAAUGGGUGUAAGAUAAAUCGCUGUUUUGGGCGUCUCGUUUUCCCAUUCAAAAUAAGA